GAAGACUAUAGCCUGUCCUCUAAGGACGAAAAAAAAUCUAUUUGACAAAUGACAUUUUCAGCACCUAUUCCGAUAGACGCUUAGGUUAUGUAUUCGGUAUUCCUAAAUUUUGCUACCAUUUCAUCAGUUUUUGCAUUCAGACUGCUUAAUUUAUUAUAAGCAGUUAUAGAAGUUGUCAUUAUAUUAUUUAAACUAUAUCGUUGCAAUGGUAUUUCUGUCUAUUGUAAAUUAUGUGCGCGCCCGUGGGCCGGACGAAAUUUGGAGGAAAAGAAGAAUUUUCAAGCUAGCUGCACAUUACAUUGGCCGCCGCAGAAAUUGUUAUUCAGUCGCUGUUAGAAAUGUGCAUCGCGCUUUGGUAUAUGCUACUAAAGCUAGAAAGUUAAAAAAAGAGGACAUGAAAGAGCUUUGGGACACCAGAAUAACAUCAGCCUGUGAACAACAUAAUAUUACACGUUUUUCACUCAAAGAAGGUUUGGAGAGGGCCAAUAUUGCAUUGGAUAGGAAAUCACUAUCGGAUUUGGCCUGUUGGGAACCGCGCACAUUUGAAUGCUUGGCAGCUGUAGCCAAACAGAAGCUAGAAUUAGAUGGGUUUGUUGAUGGAGUUGAUAAAAAACACCCAACUGGUGUCAAUUUGAAUCUAAAAGAUGUAAUGCUAGAUGCUUGGUUAAAAGAAAGAAAAAAUUAGGGAUUUAGUUUAUUUAUUAGUCAACUAGCAUAGUAACAAUAAAAAAAAAAUUAAUAUCUA